AUGGCGGGCGGUUUUCCGUUACAAAAGUGGGUGAGCAAUCAUCCAGAUGUCCUCCGCUCAAUCGCACCGGACAAACAAGCUCAUACGACAUCUUGUCAAAUCAAUGAAACACCCAUUACGAAUAUACUCGGGUUGUGCUGGAACUCUUCUACCGACACGUUCCAUUUCACCUUAGCAUCUACAUCUCUUGCCGAGAUUACAAAACGACGAGUGUUAUCCUCUAUCGCAAAAUUGUUUGACUCUCUGGGAUUAGUGUCGCCUGUCAUCAUCAAGGCUAAAAUCAUCAUGCAAGAAUUAUGGUCCAUCAAGAUCGGCUGGGACGAACCGUUACCCUCUCAUGUCGCCGUAAAGUGGCGUGAAUUUGUGGAAGAGCUUCAUGAUAUGCCUUGCCUAUCCUUCCCUCGUUGGAUAGGCAUUGCAGAUAAUCAUGCCGUGAAGGUUCACGGGUUUUGUGACGCGUCCAAGCUCGCUAUUUGCGCAGCAAUUUAUAUCCGCGUUUUCUCCAGCCAUGGAGACCUCACGUCUCAUUUAGUGGUUUCUAAAACCAAGGUCGCCCCACUUAAACGACUAACCGCGCCUAGAGCUGUCUGGUGCGCAAUCUAUCUCUGGACCGAUUCUGCAAUCACUUACACCUGGAUCAACAAUCACCCUUCACGUUGGAAGGACUACGUCCAUAACAGAGUGCGGUUUAUCCAAGAAACACUGCCGCAAGCAAUAUGGAAAUUUGUACCGGGAACGGACAACCCGGCGGACUGUGGCACUCGCGGACUGUCUCCUAAUCAACUCGCCAAUCACUCUAUCUGGUGGACCGGACCAUCGUGGCUCCUGCAAGAGCCCUCCUCCUGGCCUCAUCCACCUCAAUUAUGGAUCCAAGAAACUAUGUUAGAAAAGCGAUUUACUCACGUUGCGGUCAUAGCCCCUCGCAAAUUAACUGAGCCAUGGGACUUGCUGCAACGAUACUCCAAUCUAAAUCGACUAAUUCGAAUCACUGCCUGGUGCCGAAGAGGCGUCACCCGCUUCCGACGUGCCUUGACUACUCCAUCUGGCCCGCUAACCACGCACGAACUAAAGGCAGCCAUGGAAUUCUGGAUCCAGGUCACCUCCGCAGUGCAUUUGGAACUGGUCACUGAUUACACAGCUGACAGAUUCAUCGCAGCCUAUAAAAGAUUCACAUCACAAAGGGGAAUUUGCGCUACUUUGCGUAGUGAUUGCGGCACUAAUCUGAAGGAAGCAGACUCUGAGCUCAACCGGCUAUUCUCCUCGGCUACCACGGAAUGCGGAGCAUUAGCAACUCUCUUGGCUAACUACUGGACUCAACAGCUAUUCAACCCACCAGCCUCUCCUAAUUUGGAGGGACGUUGGAAUCAGGGGUCAAAUCCGUGA